GCUGCGGCGGCCGUGAUUGGCUGCAACCGGGCGGCCGUGAUGCGGUGAAGAUGGCGGCGGUGGCACAGUGCUCGGUCGCUGUGGAGAAGGAGCGCUGGCAGCCGCUGUCCUUCACGUACGUCGAGUAUCCCCCAGGUGAUCUCACAGGAAAAGUUCUUGCAUAUUUAAGUCUUGUCCCAGUAUUUAUCCUAUUUGGUUUCAUCACACUCAUUGUGUUCAAGAGGGAGUUGCACUCUAUUUCAUUUCUGUGUGGUUUGGUACUAAAUGAAAGCUUCAACUGGGUAAUUAAGAAUGUUAUCAAAGAACCUAGACCUUGCCAAGGUGGUCACAGUAACUUGUUUACAGAGUACGGGAUGCCCUCAAGCCAUUCCCAGUUCAUUUGGUUCUUUUCCAUCUACUCCCUCCUUUUCCUUUAUUUAAGAAUGCAUCAAACGAACAAUGCUAGAUGUUUAGAUCUGUUGUGGAGGCACAUUUUAUCCAUAUGUCUGCUGGCUGUGGCCUUCCUUGUCUCAUAUAGUAGAGUCUAUUUGAUGUACCAUUCCUGGAGCCAAGUGAUAUAUGGAGUUAUAGCAGGUGCCAUCAUGGGAGCAAUCUGGUUUCUCUUUACACAAGAGGUACUAACACCGCUAUUCCCCAGGAUAGCUUCAUGGCCAGUCUCGGAAUUCUUCCUGAUACGGGACACAAGUCUGAUUCCAAACAUCCUGUGGUUUGAGUACACGGUUACAAGGUCAGAAGCACGAAACAGACAACGGAAGCUGGGGACCAAGAUGCAGUGAAGUGAAGUUGGCUGCUUUUACUGGGGGUGGGACAGGACUAUGGAGUGAGCCCUGGAAGGAAAUGAAACAGAAACCAACAACACGAAGAAACGUUCUUUUUUAAAAAAAAAAUAAUUGUUAUGUUUGCAGACAGUUGAGGCAAGCUGAGGCAUACACUGGAAGCCUAGACACCCCCUCCCAACCCCCAAACCCCCCCCCCCCACCCCGUGACAGCAGUCAGUGUUGACACAUCUUGCUGUUAGCUUUCUACUGCAUGUUAGACUUGUGAACGCUGGACUGAACCGGUUUAAACAAAGUCCGUUCACAUGGUGCCAGUGAAAUGUGAUAUUAUUGCAUCUGAUUCAGGAAUUUGGUUUUCAGUUUAGUAAGAGGUGAUAGGAAAGGCAAGGAUCAAUGGUAGUGGUGUGAUAUUUUGCAAAAAAAAAAAAGUGGCAUUUCUACGCUACUGACUUUUAAACAAAUGGUUAGAUUGGAGGACAGAGAUGUUUGUGAAUUGUCAGUCAGGUAUCUGACUUGCUAGGAUCACAUCUGUAGCAGCAAGAGCAAACUAUAAGGGAUCAUGUUGCACUUUAGAAAAAAUAAAUUAGUUUUUUACAUUAAAAAACACUA